UGCACAUCGCCAUCGGACCGGGACAGUGGCCACAUCGAUGCAACAUGGGUUGUGGCAAUUCUUCAGCCGCCAGCACUGGAGGGGGACCAGCCGAUUCCUCCAAAGAUGUGACAGAAGAGCCCACAGCCGAUGAUGAAAAAAGAAGGAACUACGGUGGGGUAUACGUCGGCCUGCCAACAGAUCUGACAACAGUGGCUUCCAGUCAGUCCAAGCCAACGCAGUAG